AUGUCUUGCGUGGGGAUGCCCCGCUACGAGGACGGAUUCCGAUUGGCUGGGCCUGCGUCGGAAUGCUCCCUCAGGAGCAAGGCUCGGAUCGAUGCCCUCUUCGAGGACUCGAGGUCGAUUUACGGAUCCACGAUGGGUGGGUGGUACGGAGGCGUCUCCACGAUGAACUCGAACCAGAUUGACGACGUCGGUACGGAUGAACAAAGGAGGGUGAACAGCGCCGUCCAGGCGCGAAUCGAGGCGAUGUUCGCUUCCGUGGAAGCCGAAAGCGGAACACCCGGGGAAUGCGCCGCUGCCAUUUUACCGGUGAAGUACUUGGGAGCUGCUCCGGUGGGUGGCCGCGUGGCCAGCGUCCGUGGCCUCCAAGAGCCGCUUCGUCAGCUCUUAGAGCGCGUGGAGGGCUCGGUGAGGGCCGAACUCGAGGUCUCCAGACGCGGAUUGACAUUUCGCACGACCGACGUCUGCGAAAGGAACAACCCUUUCCGAAGGAUCGCCGUGUGGAGCGCGCUCAGGUUACGCGGCAAGAGGACGCCAUCGGGCGAUUUCCAUUACGCUUUCCUGCCGUUGGUCGGUGACCACGAUCAAGGCCAAGGGGGCGAAGACAAGCACGCGGACCUCUAUAGAACGAUGCGGGGUUUGAAAACUACCGCGGACAACUAUCCACCCAUAUUCGCGGUGGUGAUGCGACGUCCCGGGGCGAACAGGUUGCUGGAAUGCCACGCGUUCGCCUGUGAGAUGGAGGAAGACGCUGUGGCUGCUGCAGCCACACUCUACAGAGCUUUGCUCGCGGAUCUGGACGGCAAUCGACGCCGCCCAAGGCACGCGAACGGCGUUGGGUGUGUUAGUUUGGCGUCUGUUGCAUCGAGCGUCCGAGACUCGAGUCCAGUCAGCAAGAUCAACGCCAGACCUAAUAUUCUGCAGUUGGACCAGACACAAUCGACCCCCUCGCACCCGGUGAGGCCACCCAGGACGAAGAAGACCUCGGUCUCGAGCUCCGUCACCGAGGAGGAGACUGGAAAACCAGGGGACGUGCAGAAAGCACCAAGAAGAAAGAAGAAGAACUCCGACAUCAAGGCGGAGGAUAUCCUGGAGGCUCGAGGAGCAAGACGCGACUCGAAUCCAAAGGACAAAACGAGUCCACUGCCUCAGAACUUCAGUUCCAUUCAAAAGAACUUUGACCUGAGGGUGUCCAAGGAGGAGGAGCGACAAAACUCGAAGAACAAGCUGUUCGGAAGCAAGGCCAGUACCCCAGAUAACAUUGAAAUAGAGCACUCGGUUACCCCGAAAGAGAAGAUCUACGAUCUCGGCGUCGGUGGCUUCUAUGAGAGGGUGUCGAACAGAUACGAGAAGCUUCCCGUGAAGAGCAACAGCCCGGGGAAACAGAGCCCCCCGAACGAAACGGAGGGCGUCAAGAAACCGAAUCCCGAGAAGGGUCGCGAAUCGUACGAACUGACGCCUUUCGGAGGCGCCGUCAAGAGGCAAGAGACGUAUUCCCCCAAGCUGGAGGUGGUGAUUUACGAUAGGGUCGAUAAGAUCAGCUGCAAGGACGAGGAGAACUCGAUAUACGAGCGGAACAAUAAACGGGGUAGCAAGGAGAGGCUCUACGAGGAGCACUUCAAAGACGCGGAGAAGAUAUACAAUCUUUCCCAGGAGGAUGUUUACGGCAGCAGGGGCAGCAGGAUGGACCGGGGCAAGGUAAAGAGUUCGCAGGAGAACAUUUUCUUCGGCAGGUCCGCGCAGAGCGACACCUACCAGCUGAUCCAGGAAGUCACCGGGGACUCGGUGUCCGUCGAACGCAGACGUUCGAGGGACCAGGAGAAGGUCUCGUCCGGGAAAAGAGUGAGCAGAGUGGUCACUAUGGACAAGCCGUUGAAGAAGCAACUGAGCGACUCUACGACGAACGUGAACGCGCCGGAAUGCAGCAAACCCAGGGUCAGGAAGAGGAGCAGAGCUGGCAGCGAGCCUCCUGUCAGCCACACUGACGACGCGAUGAAGGUUCUACAGGAGGGCAGACUGAAGAGGUCCCAAAGCGACGUGGACAUGGACAGGGGCGAUCUGAUGACCAGGGUCGAGCUACCCAGAAGGGGUAGCUUCCUGAAGCCUGGAAGCGCCAGAAGACCCAACAGCAUCAAGGGUGGAACGCCUUUGGGAUUCACGGAGCUGUUCGACGAGUUCAGGAAUCAGGAAGGUCUGACCAGCGUUGACGACAUCUUGGCGGCCAUUAUCGAUCCCGAGGGGAUGUCCUUCAACGACUUGAAACCCCUCUACAAGGAGUUCUUGUUGAAACUGGCAGCGACGUUGACGCAGGACGAGCUGUACCAGAGGUCUGCCAGUAUAAUGAGGAGACGUCGAAGGCCUCAGCGCAGACGAUCCAGCCGCCGGACCUGUCUUCUAGGCAAGGCCAUCAAGAGAUCCGUAUCGAGGUUGAAAGGUGGACCCACGGAGUUCACUUCUGUGAUAUUCCCAGCGAGGAGGCUGAACGACAGUUUCGGCAGCAGCUCUUCCUGCGACGCGAGGAACAACCAUCGAAAUCGCGUUCUGGCUAACAGGAUGGGGAAGAAAAGGUCUUCCUGGAGGAUGAGCAAAACUGGAGGGUGCCACACCACUUCGGAGGACAGUGACACGUGCAGACGGUUGAGUCGGAACGCGCAGGCAGCGAACAGGAGCAGCAGCGGCUACGUGAGCUGCAGUGAGUGCAGCUACGACUCCGAAUCCUGCACCUGCGUCUCGGCGGACAAGUGCUAUUGCUCGUUGUCCAGGAGGAUCCAGGCACCGCCAGCCGUAGCCAACGAAGUUGUAUGCGCCUGCGACACGGACAGCUGCUCGGAGAGCAACAAGUGUUACUGUGCACGACAAUCGAUCCAACCCACGAUACUGGAGCAAUUGAGACAACGGGGAAUCGUGCCCUCCGAGAGCACUUUGAGCAGAGGGGGAAGCCCGGACAGGAGCCGAUCGACGAAAGCAAGCAGGAGUCGAACGCCCUCCCAAGGUUUGGAUGUACUCAAGAAGCAGUCGUCGUCAAGCUACGGCAGUUCGAACAACCUUGCCCUGGAUUACGACCUCUUCAAUCCAGGACGAAAGUCUCAGCAGUCUUCCGACAGCGAAAAGGUGCUAGUCGUUAGUGCCAGGGACACUCAAGGCCGUUUGGUGUACGUCGGUGGCGCGGAGAGGGACAAAAAGUGUCUCUCCCACUGUCCCAGUAGGUCCGGGGGGCACCACGAAGCCCUUUCGAUUAAGAAAAGCGCAGAGAUCGCGGCUAUCUUUGGCGCUGAUUCGAACAGAAUCAGUAGACGAGCCAGUAACGCCUCUAGCAUCAGGAGUUCGAUUAGUUUGGAAGCCGGUCUAGGUUAUUUACCGUGA